UAAAAAUGAUAGGCGCCUUUCAGCCAAGGGCUUUCUUCGCCAACGGGGGCAUUUGAGUCAAUUCGAUUAAAAUUCUCCGCAGCCCAUUCAUCCGGGCCGGUCCAUGAAGAAUGCACCGACUUAAAUUGACCAUAAGAUGCAAUCAGGCCCAUAAAUCCUAAUGAAAUCAGCAACCUGAAGAAUUAUGAUGAAAGAAAUAAAAAUUCAUUUGAAUUAGCUUCAAUUUUGAAAAGGUUUUAGUGAAUUUGAGUAUCUUAGGAAGGAAUGCGCUCCAUAGCUGUGGAGAAGGAAGGAGGAAUUCGUUGAGAUGACAAAAGGAGACACAUCUGAUAGAGAUCAACGGGAUAAGGAUGAUCGGAAACUGAGUGCCGGAGAAUUUGGGAAUGUUUUCGUUAUCGGAGUCGGUGGCGCCAUCGCUACCGCCAUUCUAUUGAGCAGGUCAAAAGGAUCAUGGAAAAGUGCUUCUAGUGGCCCUUUCAGGACAAGUUUUCAGGAAGAAGCACGUAGAAGAUACAAUCGUCGGAUGCAGGAAGAGUAUGAAGAAGAAAUGGAGAGAGUGGAGCGAAUAAGGCGGAUGCAAAGUGUCUUUAAUAGAGAGAGAAAUAAGCACAAAAGAAAUUAUGAGAGCUGGGCGCAAAAUGGUGAUGGUACUUAUCACCAACAUUUUCAGAGGAACGACUGGUACUGGAAGGGUGAUACGUCAUUCAGGGAUCGGGGAACUAAUUUCAGGGAUGCUACCAAGCCCACUCGAAACCAUCUGUUAUCACAUCACUACUCAGUUCUGGGUCUCGAUAGGUAAUACUUUGAUGUUUUAGAUAAUAUUAAGCUCAGUUUGAGAAGCCACUUUUUUUUUAAACGUGUAUUGAUGGCUGAAAUUUAUCUCCGAUUGAGUAAAUGUGUCAUUAGCUGAGACGCCUGGGAGCAAAAAAAGUGUAUGCAUAUUGCUUUGAUGUUUCUAUUGGCAUAAGUUUGAGACAUUUGGAUUGAAGUUACCAGCCCAAAACUUCAAGCAUAGUUAUUUGAUAGUACUCCACCUAAACAUCUGUAUACAAGUGAAAGAGUAAUCAAUAGCAAUGAGGUAGGGAUCUCUGAAGGUCAUUGCUUGAUGUAGUAUUUGGUGUUGAGACAGGAAAUCAAUCUUUAGAAUGUGAUGACUUCCCAGUUUCAAGCUCAAAUGUCUUUUUUUUCUUUUCCUUUUCUUUUCACAAGAUUCUUUUAGCUUUGUGCGAAUAAUGGACUAAACUAAAAUGGCUCAUUUGAUUACGGUAUUUCUUUGUAUUAGUGAAGUUGCUGCAAAUCUAUACAUCAAAUGCACCAAUGCAUCUUGGGCCUUUUUUAAGCAGCCUCUCUGUAUUGAAAACUGUAGUAAGGCUGCAUACAUCUUGACCCCCAAAACCCAACAAAGUUGGGAAAUUACUGGGUAUCUUGUUGUAGUGCUAGAUAAUCAAGUUCUCUGUUUAUUGUUUCGCAUUUAUUCUACCAAAUUUAUUGGGUGAACAAAACUUUAGAACUAGUCACUCUGAAUAGCUUGAGUAUUUAAGGUUGGGAAGAUAUUUGUUAAAUAAAAGUUCUAAUUGUCAAGGAAUUGUUGGAUUAGGCACCGGUCUCUGAGCUAACUUAACGAAGUCUUGAUAAAGAUGAAAACUUUUGCUUCUGAUAAAAAUGAACAUAAUUUGAUGUCCCGUGUUUCAGAUGAAUCAAUAUGCACAUUUAUAAUAUCAUUGACUUGUUAUCCUGUAUCUGUUUUCCUCUGAUGGCAACAUAUGUUUUCUAAGAUGAUUUGUUUUCAGUAUGCUAUUCCUCUUAAAACAAGCUAUUUUUCCUAAACCGGAUACUUCUUCGAGAGCUGAUAUUUUGAAAUUUACAUCUUGGAUGUUCUCUAUGCCACAGGACAAGAACAAAGCCCUACACAGAUGACGAGAUAAAGGUAGUCUUAUUCUUUCUAAUUAUUCUUCUCUGCCCGCUUCUUUUCAAUUUGUCAGGAGAACCAGAUGUCUUGUUAUUGUUUUAUAUAGGAAUUAUAAAGCUUGAGAUAUUAGUUGGAAAGAGUGUCCAGUUUUUCUUGGCAUAGAGAAAAUGAAUGAAAGGGACAGUUCUUUUGUUAAUUUGACGUAAAGAGGAUAGAACUUCCAUGACAUAAUUAAAUCAGUUUAAGGAGAGAUUGGGGUGCAAUCAGCCUUAUCUUGAUUUCCAAGUCGUCCUAGGACCUGACAAGAAGAAAUUGGAGAACUGGAAUUUAUAAAUACAGAUGACUAUAGGUCAGUGAAGAUGCUUUGAUUUGGAUGCUUGGCUUUCCUAAUUCUUGAAGAAGUCUAAAUUUCACCUUUCUUUUUGUUUGGGGCUAGCCAUAAUCUGUGGUGCCAUUUGGAUUGAUUGCUGCUAUUCUUCUCACAUGCAGUUGUUCUGUAUAACCUUUAACACCCAUAUUUUACUUAAGUCCAUUAGUUGGGAAUGUGUCCUAAUUCUGAAAUUGAGCCAUCUGUCUUGUAGAAUGCCACCUGAUAUAAUUUUGCAAUGAUUGUAUAUAGACCAUUACAAUAUGUCAAGCUGGUCUGUCAUCAUGUAUCUGCUUAAAAUGUGAAUUCCUAUAUUAGUUGUUUCUUUACAGUCGCUUAUUUGGUGCUCAUUUUCAUUUAAUGCAGUCAGCUUUUAGAGCAAAGGCAUUGGAGUUCCAUCCUGAUCAGAAUCAGAAUAAUAAAGGUACAAGAUUAUGACUAUCAUCAGAUUUAUUUGUCAAUCUUCAUUCAUAAAUUUUACUUAGUUAUAAUAUGAUAAUGAUUUCUUGAAAGUGCAUGUGCUGAAGUUGAAACUAUUGAAUAUUUAGCUUUUACUGUAAAAGGCCUUUCCACCUUUCCUGGAAACUGCAUCCCCACCAAUCUCACUGUGCUUAGUAAAUGGUUAAACCCAUCUAGCCACACAUGCAUCCAUCACCUUAAC